AUGUUGCAUAACGCAUCACCGGUCGGAUACCAAGCUAUGAGUUACACCUGCGAUAAUAGAGUGCCCAUCAAACAGGAGACAGACCAGGACUGCUUCGACGACGAGGAGAGGUUCUACGGAUACGCUCCCAUCGAGGUUAAGAGGGAUGCAGAAAUGACGUUUUCACCGUCAUCACCCACACAUUUAAUGGAUCUGAGCAACGGUUCAGAAAGACCCCCGCAGAUUUUACAAUCCUGGCAAGGCAACAUUGUGUUCGAGGGGGACGACCGUGAAUACCAACAGACGCAAUUCCAUCCAUACGAUCAAAUGUGCAUCGCAGAUCCGCGACAUAAACAAUUCACGCGGAACUUCUACUUCGACGAUUCGAAUUCUCAAGACAGAAGUGUAAAUUUCUACGAAAAUAGUGAAGUUCAACAAUCUGGGGACAACACGUACCGCGCAUCAACGGAAGAAAGAAGCGAUGAAAACGAUGAUCAAAGGAGAUCAAGAAAACGAUCAUGUAAAUCCUCCCGACGAAAAACACAAUCGUUCGAAGAAGUGCAGAUACAAAGAGUUAUGGCAAAUGUUAGGGAGCGUCAACGCACUCAAAGCUUGAACGAGGCGUUUGCUAGCUUAAGACAAAUCAUUCCAUCCCUGCCCAGUGAUAAACUAUCUAAAAUACAAACUUUACAAUUAGCGACGCAGUACAUAGAAUUUUUGUAUCAGAUAUUAUCCAAUAGCGACUCUUCUUCGAACAGUGAAGUCAGCGACGCCAACACUGAACACGGCAAAUAUUUAGCACAGGAUAAACUAAGUUAUGCAUUUUCUGUGUGGCGUAUGGAGGGAGAAUUUACAAAUGGACAAACGUGA